GACGCAGAGAACAGACGAGGAUACAUACAAUAAAACAGAAGAAAACAGUUGAGAUAUCUAGUUUUUAUUAUUCCAGAAGAUAUUUCUCAAGUUGUAGUUUCAUUCUAGGCCGUCUAAUGGAUCUACUGCAGUUGUAUCAUCCGGAAUCGUUUUCCUUCCCUUCUGAACAGAACAACAUCCUUGACACGAUGUCAAUCAACACUCACCACCCUGCCUACAUCAAGGCAGAACCAUCAAGCCCCGGCUCCCUGUCGGACAGUCUGGCGCAGCGCAGUCCUGGGGCGUCAUCGGACACAGGGAGCAGCUACAGUUCAGUUAUUAAAAUGAACCAAACAGGUAUGGAUUCUCCCGCUCCAUACCCAGCAGCCGGAGCAAUGCUGAGGCCUUCUGGCGACCCCCGCAGGCUGCUGGAGAAAUCACCAAUGAAGUGUGAAUACAGUUUGAACUCAGGCCCCAAACGCCUGUGUCUAGUGUGUGGAGACGUUGCAUCUGGAUUCCACUAUGGAGUGGCUUCCUGUGAGGCUUGCAAGGCAUUCUUCAAACGCACCAUUCAAGGGAAUAUAGAGUACAGUUGUUCGGUCAGCAGGGAUUGUGAGAUUACUAAGAGAAGGAGAAAGUCCUGUCAGGCGUGUCGCUUCACCAAGUGUCUCUCUGUGGGAAUGAUGCGUGAAGGUGUGCGUACGGACAGGGUGCGAGGAGGACGGCAGAAAUAUAAAAGGAGAAUGGACUCAGAUUCCAGCAUUUACCUCAGUGAACAACUACCUCACCGAAAACUAUCAUCCUGCGGUCAAGGAGAGAAUAAAGUGGUGACUCUAUUGUUGGGGGCAGAGCCAGAGAGGGUGUGUGCCAUGCCUGAUCCCGCCCUCCCUGACAGUGACAUCAAAGCUUUGACGACACUGUGUGACCUUGCUGACCGAGAGUUAGUGCUGAACAUCAGCUGGGCCAAACAUAUACCAGGAUUCUCGAGCCUCGGUCUGUCUGACCAGAUGAGUCUACUGCAGAGUGCAUGGAUGGAGAUCCUCAUCCUACGUGUGGCUUUCCGUUCGCUGGCCCACGAGGAUAGGCUGGUCUUUGCGGAGGAUUACAUUAUGGAUGUUGAACAGGCCAAAUCAGCAGGUCUACUGGAGCUCCACAUGGCCAUAUUACAGCUGGUACGCAGGUACAGAUCCAUGAGACUGGAAACAGAAGAGUUUGUCACACUGAAAGCCAUCGCACUCGCCAACUCAGACUCUAUGCAUUUAGCAGACAUGGAAGCAGUUCAGGGUCUCCAGGACACCCUCCACGAGGCCCUUCUGGAUUACGAGCGUGCCCAGCACAGUGAAGACCCUUGUCGUGCAGGAAAACUCAUUAUGACCCUUCCGCUCCUCCGUCAGACCUCUGCCGUAGCCGUGCGGCACUUCUGCAGCAUCAAACAGGAUGGACGUGUCCCCAUGCACAAACUCUUCCUGGAACUUCUGGAGGCCAAUGUCUGAUGCUUAUUCUGAUUGGAGCAUCAUGCUGAGGUGACUGUGGCCCAACACACAACUGAUUGAGGAUUGUUUUCAAAUCCAGGAGCAUUGAUAAGCAUAACAUGUGACAAUUGAUACAAGAAAUUAUCCUAGUAAUACUUACUAUCUAAGAAAAUAUUAUCAAAUAUAUGACUAAGUGCUGAAAGUGAAUGUGUCAUCGACAGAGAAACUACAUUUAAAACUUAAAGACAUUCUUUAAUUUGUUCAUUCUUGCUUAUCUUGUUAUCAACAAAGUAAUUCAAGACAAAAAGCUUUAAAUAUGCUGAAACAAAGGUUAUGGAGACAUCAGCUUUGCCAAAUAAAAUAACUGAUCUCCUGGAAAGAAAAAAAAAAACAUGAAGGAAAAGACAGCAUGUUACACACGUUUGUUUAGCAUGUAUUAACGGUUUGAAACGUUUGAAGGUCUUAACAGCAAUAUAAUUGAUAGAUUAAUGGUAUUCUUCAAAGUUUGGAAACAUAUCAAAUAACAGAGAAGUAGGCCAACUAGCAAAGCACCCCUAAUUUAAAUAAAAAGUUGUUAAAGGAAAAUCAAUUAAACUUAAAAUGAACUCAGGAGAUUCAGGAAUUUUUCUCUUGAUUAUAUUUAUCAAUUUUAUUUUGCACACACAGAAAGCUCACAUAGUAAAAUAUGACAUAUGUAAAUGAAUAAUUCCAUCAUAAAGACCAUAAUUUCCUGAUCUAAUGCUCCAGAUUGUGCAGUUCGGAGUCAUUUUAUAUCAGGUGUCUUUAUCUACUGUGUACUUAAGCAUUUGAUACAGUGUACUUAUUAUAUACAUACAUGUUGUUGCAUUGUACUUACAUUUAGAGGACCUAUAUUUAAUUACAUCUGUAGUUACACUGUUAACCUUAACCCAUAACCCUACUCCAACCCCUCAACCUAGUUACACAAAAAAUACAUUGUAUUGCAUGCAUUUUAAUGUUAGUACAAGUAGUUAAAGACACCUAAUAUAAAGUGGGACCGAAGGUUCUUGCUCAGUCAGUGACAGAUAACAAAGACCAAAGAUGAAUUAUCUGUUCAGCAGUAUAAAAAGCAAUCUUUUAAAGCAAUAAAACAAUGUUUAAAAGCACUUUUAAUGUGCUGAAUAAAUACACACUGAAUAAAUUUGUCUUCAAAUUAGAUCAGCAGUGACCUUAACUCAAUAAAACCGUUUCAUACUGGACUUAUCCGAGACAUUUCAUACAUGAUAUAUGCAUAUGCCAUGUGCUCAUUUCACACUGAUUGUUGCCUGUUAGGUAUUGUGAUUGUCAGAUAUGAAUAAGUUUACCAUAAAGAAGAAAACACUACACAGGAAGUGCAUUUACAAGAGAUACAUAGAAAUAUCUCUGUUUGACUGAUCUUUUCUGCAAUGUUUGUUAUUCACAUCUGCACUGGUUUAAUGAUGAACUGAUAAUGUUCAUUCUGUCUUUUAGAGGACUUCUGGGUUUAUAAUUAGAAUAUCUAUGACUGUGGUUUUGUGUGUGAUUUCAGCUUGUACAGUUUUGUGAAUGUUGUAUUAAUCUAUCAUAACCAAUGAUGUCAGUUUGUUUUGGCAAUAUCUGUGUUUGAUUAUGAGUAAUAUGCAAUAACUUUUUUUUUUUUGUCAAAUAAAUUAUCAAAAUAAUAUAAGCUGUUCUAGAGUAAUGCAUUCAAUAAUGAAACACUCAGGAUUUUAUUAUUGUUGCUUAUGCUUGUUUAAUAUGGAUAUGUUUUGUGAUCUCAAUAAUGCAUGCCACACACAGCACUCCAAUCUCAUUUCAGAGUUUUAUAUAAGCUAAAAUAGAAGCAUCAGUCAAUAUACAUGAAGCAAUAUAUCAGAAGAGAGGAGCGUGCUACUCUACAUAUCAUUAUUGUAUGGAGGGGCUGAGGGUUAAAGCAUCACUCUGACAGCAAUAAAUGACAGGUGUGUGGUUUAUGGAUUCUUCUUCCUCAGGACUCCAUUAGCAAUUAACCAACAUGGUUAAACGAGGCAUCAGAUGCUUGUAAAUAUAUGAAGGACAAACACUAAACAGAUCACAGACUGAUCCCACAAAUCAUUUUACUUGAUUUGUGCCAACCUGCUUAAAAAUAUUAAUAAUAAUAAUUAAACCACUAUAAACUGGUUUGCUGGUCUUAGCAGGUUUAAGAGGGUCUUGCUAGUCUCCCAUCUUGACCAACUGACAAAUGCACAAAAACCCUUUAAAGACCAGCAAACCAGACCAGCCUGACCAGGCUCGAAGAUCAUCUGACACCAUCAGACCAGCUUAGGAUGGUUUAAGAUGUUAUUUUCAGCAGGGCUUUGGGUCAUCUGUCAUGAUGAACAGCCAAAACAGUUUUUGAUAAGAAAAUGGUUAUUUGCUGAAUUUAAGAACCUUCAUUUUAACCUUAAAUGUGUUUCUUCACCUUUGAUUUGUUUAGUGGAUGUCUAGUUGAUUUAUAAGUUGUAAUCCGAAUCAAAUGGUAGUAAUGUUCUCGAAAUUAAGAUGAUUUUGACCGCAGAGCUGCAAUAUUCUUCAGUGACACUCAUCACAAAAUCACAGCAGCACAAAACAAAUACUGAUCAGACUGAUGUUCACAAAGAAGAUUAUUCUGCUUUAUUUCGUGUUCAAACAGUAAAAUGCCUCAUUAAAGUAUUUAUUUGUGGAUUAUGGAAUGAUUGUUGUCUUUUCAAAUAAAGAACUGCAUGACAAGUAUAAACAAACACAAGCUUAUUUUUGACUGCAAACACACAGAGAUUAGUCAAUAUUUUUGUCCCAUAAAAUAAAUGGGAAUAAAUAAUGAUAUUAUUUGUUUUAGAUAUCACAGUCAUGAAAUCCAUUCUUUUGUGGGAUCUUUUUCUAGUAACUUACUUUAACCUCAAACAUGCCCCAGCUUCUUCAUUUUAAAAUAUAAUUUAUACAUGAAUGUUUCAUGAUGUUCUGAGUGUUUUAAUCUGACACUUCAGGCAUUUCUCAAUAAAGGUGUCUUUGAUCAUGUAUGCUGACUUAUCUUUCUUUUUUGGUGGCAUAGUGAGCUAAAACACAUAACUGUUAAUCAGUAGGUUGCUGGUUCGAUCCCCACAGCCACCACCAUUGUGUCCUUGAGCAAGGCACUUAACUCCAGGUUGCUCCGGGGGGAUUGUCCCUGUAAUAAUGGCAUUGUAAGUCACUUUGGAUAAAAGCGUCUGAUAAAUGUAAAUGAAUAUUUUCUUAAAUGAUAAGAGAGUUUGCAUCACCAGCCCUAAAAUGCAUAUGUGAUAUGACCCACAUGUGUUUACUAUGGUAUUCAAAGCAUUUAACACUGGUAUUACUCUUGAAAUAUAUAUAUAUAUAUUUUUUUUCAUUUUCAUGACUAAGUAAAUUUAUCACAUUAAAUACCAUUUAAAUCUUAUUCCAUUCUACGUAUGUGUUGUAGAGACAUUUCAUAUUUUUCCAUCAAACAUAAUGAUUGCCGAUAUUUCUGUUACACAGCCUUUUCCAUACUGUCACCGAAAACUCCUACUCCGUUUUCAAGGUGUCUGAAACUCUUCAGAAUUGAAUAAAAGAUAUAUAAACCAUUUAAAAAUGUAAAUUAUUAAUAAAAUUAUCAUUACAGUAAAUAUUUAUUGAAAUUUUUUUUUUAUCAAGACUUAGGGCCCUGUUUUGAAGUCAUAAGCCCUGUACUUGGUCAAUGGGCAUAGCCAUGAAGUUUUGGGAUAAAAAAAAAAAUGGGUUUGGCGAAAUUACACAUACAAAGCACUGAUGGGCAGGGUCAAGAGCAAUUUAAU